UUGUUUUGGUUUGUGUCUGGGUCAGAUAACAAGGACAAACAGAAAAACUAUUAUAAGCGAAAUAGCGAAUAACGCAAUAAUAAUUUAUAAACUACGUAGCUCGGGCCUUUAUUAGUCGUUUUAGUAGUCACAUCAGUUCAAUCGUAGUUUGCAGCUGAAGAAGAGUUAAAAUGAAGUUCCUAAUAGUACUAUUUGCUGUAAUCUUGGGAUGCCAAGCAGUAUCCUUCUUUGACUUGGUACGGGAGCAAUGGAAUGCCUUUAAGGUUCAGCACAAUAAAUCUUACGAAUCUGAAACUGAAGAACGCUUCCGAAUGAAAAUCUUUAUGGACAACGCCCACAAAGUGGCAAAACAUAAUCAACGCUUUGAAAAAGGAGAGGUCACCUUUAAGUUAGGGCUGAACAAGUACGCCGACUUACUUCACCACGAAUUCGUUUCACUUCUAAAUGGAUUUAACAGGACGAAGAAUGGAAUUGUAAAGGGAUCUGAUCGUUUAGAGAGUGCAACAUUUAUUCCUCCAGCGCAUGUUACCUUGCCUGAUACUGUUGACUGGAGGGAACAUGGAGCUGUAACACCUGUGAAAGAUCAGGGACACUGUGGCUCAUGCUGGAGUUUCAGUGCUACUGGAGCUUUGGAAGGUCAAAAUUUCCGUAAAACUAAAAAGCUGGUUUCUCUUAGUGAACAAAAUUUGAUUGAUUGUUCUACCAGAUAUGGUAACAAUGGGUGCAAUGGUGGACUUAUGGAUAAUGCUUUUAGAUAUAUUAAGGAUAACGGCGGUAUUGAUACUGAGGAGAGUUACUCAUAUAAAGCUGAAGAUGAAAAGUGCCACUACAAUCCUAAAAAUAAAGGUGCCACAGACGUAGGAUUCAUAGAUAUCGAGUCGGGCAAUGAGGACGCUCUCAAAGCCGCCGUAGCGACCGUGGGUCCCGUUUCUAUCGCCAUUGAUGCCAGCCACGAAGCAUUCCAACUUUACUCAAGCGGAGUUUACGUGGAUCCCAGCUGUAGCUCGCAGGAUCUUGACCAUGGUGUCUUGGCAGUAGGUUACGGUACGGACGAGAAAACCGGUCAAGAUUACUGGCUCGUAAAGAAUUCUUGGGGACCAUCUUGGGGAGCGGAGGGAUAUAUUAAAAUGGCCAGAAACCAGGAUAACCAGUGUGGUGUUGCCACUCAGGCCAGUUACCCGUUAGUUUAAAUAUAUUUUUGUACGUUCUUAGAUUAAUUGUUAGAUUUAGGCAUUUUUGUGAUUAUUAGUUUGGAUUGUAAUGCAGCUCUCUAAAUGAACAAUAAGAUUCCAAUGUGAUUUUAGUUGUAUCAUGCAUUUAUCUACUGUUAAGAUUUUUUAAUAGUUCUCGCCUACGCUCGAAUUAAUAUUUUUUAAGUUUUGUGUGUAUUUUUUAUGUAAGAAUAAACCUAUAGUUUAUA